AUGUCACUCAAGCGCAAGGCUCUUGAGGAGGCGAGCGCUCGAUCCUCGAAGCGGUCCACGCCUGCUCCUUCAACUCCCAUCAGCCUAGACAGUGAUGAUGACUUCUCAGGUUCCGAUGCGCGAUCACAGGACGCUAGUGAUAGCGAGAAAGAGCACAUCCGCAAAGCCAGAGCUCGCUUGGAUUUCAGUUCUUUCCAAGGUGCCAAACACAAACAGAAAUCGUCCAUGUUUGGCGAGAAGGAUUUCUCAUGGAUGUCCCUGAAAUCUGACCAUGAAAAUCGGCCUCUGUGGAUAGACCCAAACGUUUCUUUGGGUUCGAGAAAGGGGCCCAAGAUUACACUCGAGAGUUUCUCCCCUCUGGCCGCCCAGGCUACCGACCUCCUCACCACCAUUGCAGAACCGCAAUCGAGACCUUCUUUUCUGCAUGAAUAUAGAUUCACAGAACACAGCCUGUAUGCAGCUCUAUCGGUAGGUCUCCGUGGUGAAGACAUAAUUCGUGCUCUAGAAAAAAUGUCCAAAACGCCCGUACCCCAAACCGUGAUUGACUUCAUAAACCGACAUACAAAAACUUACGGCAAAGUGCGUCUUGUCUUGCGAAACAACAAUUUCUAUGUUGAAUCAGACGAACGAGAAAUCAUUGAUAUGUUGCUACGAGACUCCGUUAUUGGCCCAUGUAAAGCGGAAGGAACAAAUAUCGAAACUGGCCGUGUCCAAACCAAGGCGACCAUCAUUCAAGGUACCAACAAUGCCAAGGGCAUGAGACAAGCUGGACAGUCCGAUGUCGAGAUACCUCGAGACGUCCCAUCCAAGGAUGAUGAAGCCAUGAUAGCCACUCUGAGGGAUGAAGAAGACGAGGAAGAUAACUUUAAAGAAGCGUCAAGUUUCGAAAUUGCACCUAGCAAACGUGAUACAGUAGCGAAGCAAUGCCUCGACAUUGGGUACCCUGCAAUAUCAGAGUACGAUUUUGCUGGAGAUCAAGUCAAUCCCACUCUCGCCAUUGAUCUGAGACCGGCCACACAGAUUCGACCCUAUCAAGAGAAAGCCCUCAGCAAAAUGUUCGGAAAUGGCCGUGGUAAGAGUGGAAUCAUUGUCCUGCCCUGCGGAGCCGGCAAAACUCUGGUCGGUAUUACCGCGGGCUGUCACAUCAAGAAGAGCAUAGUGGUUCUAUGCACAAGUGCCAUGUCCAGUUACCAGUGGGCAAACGAAUUCAAGAAGUGGUCAGAUGUCAAAGAAGAAGACAUUGCCGUAUUUUCGGCCUCUGAAAAGAGGCGGUUUACUGGAGAGUCUGGGGUACUUGUUACCACAUACUCGAUGAUCACUGCCGGCGGCAAGCGUGCGCAUGACACUCAACAAAUGAUGGAUUGGGUUUACGGCAAAGAGUGGGGCUUGAUGAUCUUGGACGAAGUACACGUCGUGCCGGCGAAGAUGUUCCGAAAGGUCGGAGAGAAUAUCAGAGCUCACUGCAAACUAGGUCUUACUGCGACCUUGUUGAGAGAGGAUGACAAGAUCACGGAUCUCAAUUUCAUCAUUGGCCCCAAACUUUACGAAGCCAACUGGAUGGAACUUGCUGCUCAAGGCCACAUAGCAAAGGUGCAAUGCGCUGAAGUCUGGUGUCCAAUGGCCAUGGAAUUUUAUCAAGAGUAUCAGAAGGAAACUACUCGCAAGCAGGCAUUAUACUACAUCAUGAAUCCUGUUAAGUAUCAAGUUUGCCAGUACCUCAUUGACUACCACGAGAAGCGAGGCGACAAAAUCAUCGUCUUCAGUGACAACUUGUGCGCACUGCGGCACUACGCAACGACAAUGCAGAAGCCAUUCAUCUAUGGUGACACAAGCAAUCAGGAAAGAAUCAACAUUCUUGAGAAUUUUCAACACAAUGAAUUAAUCAACACUAUUUUUCUUUCGAAGAUUGGCGAUACUUCGCUUGAUCUGCCUGAAGCGACAUGCCUCAUCCAGAUAUCCUCUCAUUACGGGUCUCGCCGUCAAGAGGCCCAGCGACUUGGGCGCAUUCUUCGGGCCAAGCGUCGUAAUGAUGAAGGCUUCAAUGCAUUUUUCUACUCUCUAGUCUCAAAAGACACAACCGAAAUGGCUUACAGCGCAAAACGUCAAGCUUUUUUGGUGGAUCAGGGUUAUUCCUUUAAGACCAUCACACAUCUCUCAGGUAUGGCAGAUUUGCAUGACUUAAAAUACACGACCUCAAAGGAGCGACUCGAGCUGCUUUCCGAGGUCAUGUUUCAGCAAGAGACUGCCGCGGAGGUCGAGAAAAUCGAUGACAACAUGUGGAGUCACCUCAGUGGAGGAAGUAGGUCUGCUGCUGCUACUAAAGCGAAGGCCAAGAAAUUGGUGGCACGUAGACAAGCCGUGCUGCUGUCCGAUGCCAGUGGCGGCGGCAUCAUGGCACCGAUGUAUCGAGAGCAAGAGCGACGAAGCAAGAAAAGCCAACAGCCAGACAGUGAAUGGUUCAAAAAGGAAGCCAGGCGGAGAGAACUGGCCGCAAAGAAGAGAAAAAAGGACAGAAUGGAUGCAGAGAGAGCUGGUGCUCCCUGA